AUGUCUGUCGCUAGAUCACGAGUAUUAUCUGGAUUCCGUCGGUUGAACAGAGCCCGGAUUCAACUGUUCACAGGAGACGAUCACGCCAUUCAAGUUUCCCGCAUGCAAAUGCGUGCUGAAUUUGAACGAAACAAGGCAGUGGCCACAUCUGGACCCGAAUUUGAAGCAAUGGUGGCAGGAAUUGAUGAAGCUGCUGAUAUGCUCCGUCACGAGAUCGUUCGUGGAGACCUCAACGCAGAUACUGGACGAUAUGACGUCAAGAUCAAGAGAGAGCAUGUCAAGGGAUCUGACACUGGAGAAACCAAGCCGCAAGUCGAGCCUAUCACAGAAGAAACCGUCCGAAGGAUGGAGAAUCCUGGUGCCGUUGAGACACAUUCUGUCUAUGAUUGGACCCGUCUCGGUAUCUUCACUGGCUUUCGGGCUAGCGAAUAUUCUCAAGGCGACUUGGGUCGUGGAAAAUUAUUCAACAAGAUUCCAGACCAACAUGACGUUCCCAAACAGUUCCGAGGCAUGCCUCUUGCAAUGAUGGCUCAGGACUUUCGCUUCUUUGACAAGCACUAUGUGUUAAUCCCACACAAACAUUUGAUCACACGGUAUAAACGUGGUGAUGUUGUGUGGCUUGAACUUCGAUGGAAAUAUGAUAAGAGCUCUUUCAACUUUGUGAAGAAACGCUUCAAAAUCACAGGCCAUCCUAUCUACUGUCCCGUGGAUGCCGCUGUCUGCAUCAUUCAUCGGUCGACUCUUCUUGGUGUUCCCACCGCCUAUCCUGUUGGCGUUUGGGGUUCCAACACCUCAUCUUAUCGCUUCUUGAAAUCUAGGGAGGUUUCUGAGGUGAUGCGCGGUUCGGUUGAUAUGGCAUAUCCCGACCCAAACCACUAUUUGCGGAUUAACCGCCAUCUUAUUGUUCCUCAUUCCAACCGUGUCACCGCCGCAGUGUGCUUACAAAAAGGUGGAGCCAAUAAUGACGAAAUCGCGUUCCGAUUACGCUGGCUUCCGAGCUCUGUGCCCACCUACCUUCGCGACUGCUUCCAAUCUAUUGGUGACACGCUUGAGCGAACAAUUCAAGGAGCGCUGAAGUUGACAUUUUCUUCUUCUUCUUCUUCUUCUUCUUCUUCUUCUUAG